AUGAAGAGCUCAUUAGCAUCCGAUGGACUGAGAGAUUGGAGACAUCUAAGCGUGAGGUUGAAAGAACAUGAAGGCACUGUUGAGCAUAAAAUAAGCAUGAACACUUGGAAUGAAUUAAGGAUCAGAUUGAGGAAACAAGAGACAAUUGACAAGGAACUGCAAGUGCAAUUCAAAAAGGAGAAGGAGCAAAUGAAGCAAGUUCUAUUCAGAUUAGUAGCCAUUGUGAAGUUUCUUAGCAAGCGGAGUUUGGCUUUUAGAGGAUCAAGUGAAAAGAUCUACAGUGAGUCAAAUUCUAGUAUUACAAAUUCUAUUAUAGAAGUUGUUAAAAGAGCCAAAUAUUUCUCUAUUAUCCUUGAUUGUACCCCGGAUGUGAGUCACCAAGAACAAAUGACUGUGAUAGUUCGUUCUGUUAAUAUGUCUGAGGACAAAAUAAAGAUUGAGGAGUACUUUCUUGGAUUCUUGGAGGUGGAUGAUACAUCUGGGUUGGGGCUUUUUAAUGUACUCAUUGAGUGUAUGGAAUCAUUUGGGCUUAAUAUUGAUGAUAUAAGGGGCCAAGAUAAUGUGAGCAAGAAGCUACAAUCAACAUCCAUGUGCAUUGACUCUGCCUUGCAGCAAAUUGAAGGUACUAGAAAGAAACAAUUUGAUGAGUCUGAUUGCAGUGAAGAAAUAUUGCAGGCUGAGAAGGAUUUUGAAGUCAAUUAUCUUCUGGUCAUGGUUGAUAUGGCGAUAUCCUCAUUGAAAAACAGAUUUGAAGAACUUCAGGUUUUACAAAUGACUCUGCCAGAUAAACAAAUGUCAGCUAUGGACAUUUUUGAGUUUGUUAGAGAAGUGGACAGCUAUGCUAACGUUGUCAUUGCUUAUAGAAUCUUGUUUACUAUGCCUGUGACUGUCGCAUCAGCCGAGAGAAGCUUUUCAAAGUUGAAGCUAUUGAAGAAUUAUUUGAGAUCAGUAAUGUCUCAAGAAAGAUUAAAUGGUUUGGCAACCUUGUGCAUUGAGAAGCAGUUGUUGGACGAUAUUGAUAUUGACUCUAUCAUCAACGACUUUGCGUCGAGGAGUAUAUUUUUCCAGGCAUGUGGAUCAAGGAAGCCAAAACAGAAACGAGGCUUGAAGAAAAAGAUGGAGGGGCGUACCAGCAUUAUUGAAGUGCACCCAGAUGGUGAACCAAAGGCUCCCAAGGGUGUUAAGAAGACAUUGGUCAAUCAAUGUGGAUAUUAUGUUAGGGAGAACAUCCCAAUUAGCUUCAAGCUAUGGAAGAAAAGUAAAGCCACCGAUAAUGAUGCAGAUAUCAUCUCCGACACAGAGAAGGAAAUAUUAUGA